GCACGAAGAUAACGUUCGGUGGGGAAGGAGACGAGCUUGGGUGCAGUGGGAGAUGCCAGGAUGUGGCAUUUGUUAUUCGGGAGAAAGAGCAUCCACUGUUUGAACGAUGCGGUUCUGAUUUAACGUACAAGAAGAAAGUGACGCUGAAGGAAGCUCUCACUGGUUUCGAGAUCGACGUCCCUACAUUAGCAGGUUCUACUAGAAGGUUGAAAGUGGACCAUAUGAUCAAGCCUGGGAGUCGCGAGAUUGUGUCAAAUGCGGGGAUGCCGAUUUCGAAGGAGCCCGGAAAAUUCGGAAAUUUAAUCGUUUGUUUUGAGGUCGAAUUUCCGGAAAAUCUCAAUAGGGCGCAAAUGGAGGCUCUGAAGUAUAUCUUGUGA